AUGGCAGCCGACUUGCAGCGAACUGUGCUUGAUUUCUACCAGGUCUCGACUUUCAACCCCGUCGAGUGGCCGGCCGAGAAGAAUAUCGAUAGUGAUGUCUCCGAAGAUGACACCACUAAGAAAAAGAUCAACAGGAGGAAGUCACGGUACCAGGCGCUGGAGCGUGUCGUUAGCAAUAGGGGCAGCGUCAUCCCUGGGUCCGAAAACUCGGGCAAAGGCGUAGGAAACUUGGUGCAAAAGGACGAACCGGACCCUCUGGGCACCACAGACAGCGUGGUACAGACAUUGAGGCUUAGGGGGGUUCCGUUGCAGGAUGACACGAGGCUCCGCAACCGGUUUCUUCUAUCAUCAACCACGUUCUCGCCGGCGCACUUCUUGUCUCAGAUGCAUGCGACUGCUGAUACACAGUCUCUCCUCGGUGGGCUCGAGGUGCUGUCAAGGUCGAUUGACCAGAAGUCUGCGUCACUCAAGGUCCUUGUAGAAUCCAAUUUCGAACGCUUCGUCCGCGCCAAAGCUACCAUCGAUAAUGUGUACAAGGAGAUGAAAUACCGCGGUGCUGAUCCCACACCUCCACGCGCAAGGGCUCAUUCUCGUCAUGCUAGCAGGAAUAGCUUUCGAAGUGGGAGUGGCGCAAUCGGCUUGACGAGCCCCCUCUCGCCAGUCGCAGACCCUCGGAAAAAGAAUGCGCUCAUCAAGGAGAGCGAAUACGGCGUUAUGGGUGUGAAAGCCCCCUUGCUCGAUGUUUCUGCAAAGGCUGAGGAUGUGUGGGGGCCUGCGCUCGGCGGAAGAGACAAGGAGGAAAACCUCAAGACAGUGGCAUCCAGUCUCGAUGUGUACAAGGAGUACGUCGAGACAAGCGCGGCAAUAGCCGACAGUAUUAAAAGGAAGGACCACGAGAGCCUAGUUGAGGAGUACGUCAAGGCGAGGAAGUUUGCCGAGGAAGCAAAGCAGCUCGUCCAGCAAUUAGGGGCAACCCAGCCUAGCGAUGCUCAGCUAUAUCGGAUCGUCUUGGCAGCCCGCAUGUGGCACGAUGUCGAUGAGCAAAUACAGGCGCUGAAACGAGACAUAUGGCGGAAGCUCAUUUCUCCCAGCGUCAUAGCAAAGACCGAUUCCACGCAAGGACACCCCGAGGAUCAGCAUAUGGAGCUGAUCACGCUUCUUCUGGAGUUGGGUGUCGAGGACAACCCUGUUUGGGUGUGGCUGCUCAGCCGGUACGACUACCUCAAAAGUAAAAUCCAGUCCACAGCCGAAAGGUCAAAGGUGGAGAUUGAGAUACUGCGGCGUCGCCUUGCGAAUACCGAGAAGCCCAGCCCUCAAACAAUAGCCUCACACAUGAGAACACUCGGGCGCCAGUCUGUCGAGAGCAAAUCUCCUACAUUUGAUUCAGUCGACGUGGCGGAGCUCUGGGAAUUGAUGGUCACCUUCAUGAGCAACCUGCUGUCCCCGCAAGGUAUCCUUGGGGAGGUGGUUGAGUUUUGGCAGACCGUUCAAGGAUUCAUUGAAGGCAAGACGCAAAGAAGCCUGCCCGGCGGCUACAAUGGCGAAUCCAAGGCGCAUCAUCGUCUGUCGCAACAAGGGACUGUGGAUCUCCAAAAGGGCACCGUCGAGCUUGUCGGCAUGAUUCGCGAAAACGUCCUGAUGUUCUUCGCGGGGCCUCCGCCUGAGGAUAUUUCCCUCCUGUUCUCGCCCAUGCCGCAGUCCCCGGGGACGCCAGCUAUCGCAGCCAUAUCCGGAUCCCGAACACCAACUACUCUCCGUGAUCCUCGGUUCAAUCUCGACCCAAAAAAUAUUCCUCCGCCUUCUCCUAGGAGAGGGGAGGCCUGGGAGAAAUUUGCCUUCUGGCCGCCAUGGUCGAAUUCUAUCAGCGGUGUCCAUUAUCUCUCAAGAAUGCUGGCCCUCGUGGGGGCAGGGGCCUCAGACAUGGCCUCAAUCUCCCCGGUUGGACAGGGAGACGCUAAUGAGCUGGAGAAGUUGAGGACACUAGUCGGGGUAGCAAGAGAAAGAUGCGUUACUGCCCUCUGCGCGGCUUGGAAUAGAGAUGCCGAAAAUAUCAAGUUCGUGGAGGACUGGAACCGAUCCCCCGAUCACCGCGACGUCACAAAGAUGCCGGCCAGCUUUGCAGCAUUUGAGGGCGCCUUGUUGAGCGGGAUGCAAAGUAUUCUCUAUAUUUCGGGCGCCAUGUCCAAGCCUGGAGCGGGCGAUAUUGUUCUCCCGCCGCCAACGAAGCUCUUGCAAAUGGUUAGAAGCCAAUACGUCACGACGCUUUACAAGGCGCUGAGCGGCAUGGUGGAAAAUGCCGAACGACCUGUCAAGAAGACCGAUGAUGACUGGACGGUUGAUACAGAUGGGUAUGUGGUAUCGAAUCGGCCGACAGUCUCGCAUACUUCGACAAUUGGCGGGGGUACUAUCAAUGCGGGCGAUAGAAACGUCCGGAUGCUACUGACCCUCAGCAACCUGCAAUCUUUGCGCUCUGAUGCGGUGCCAGCCCUCAAUACGCAGUUCGAGAACGCCUUCUCUGUCAAACUGACCGACGAGACCAAGACUAUCCGCGACGUGCUUGGCCAGAUUGACGCGCGGUUGUUUCAAUCCUACACGCGCCCGUCGAUUGAAAAUCUGCGCAAGAUUAUCCGUGCUGGCGUCGGCAGCGCCGACUGGGUGCCCCCACGUGGCGAGAAGCCACGAGAGGUCCGCGCCUAUGUAUACGAAGCUCUACUCAGCCUGGUCCUCGUGCACACACAGGUAUCGACCACGGCGGCCACGCUCACGAGCCAAGUGCUCUCGUUUCUGCUCGAGCAGACGUCGCGCGAGCUGCUCGAGUCCUUCAAGACGCGUCCCAAGUACAACCUUGAAGCCCUCAUGCAGGCCACGCUCGACGUCGAGUUCGUCGCCCAGACCCUCAGCCACUAUACCACGGACCGCGCCUCAGAGCUUCAGAGUGCCAUCUACCAGGAACUCGACGGCCGCACCGACAACGACGCCCGCGCCCGCCUGCAAAGCGAGCUGCCCGAGAUGCGUGCUGUACUCAAGCGGCUGCGCGAGGCUAGCAAGAGCGAGUUUGCCUGUUUUAAGAAGCCCAAGCGUGCCGGAGGGCCGCCCAACGCCCCUGAGAGGCGCGACACGGGACUGAGUAUCGCGAGUGAUCGCUAG